AGUUGGGCAAGCACAUGGUGUUUAAUUCUGUGUUUUAUUUUUGAAACGCAUUGAAAUUGUUUAAUAGUUAAUGUUAUUUAUUAAUUAAUUAUAAAAAAUGGGUAAAAAAGGCAAGGAUAAAAAAAAGAUAAAAGGAGCCGAGAAAACGGCUAUGAAAACAGAGAAAAAAAUCAUCAAUAAACAGAAAAAACAAUUAGCAGCCUUAGGAGAGGAUGAUAUUGAAACUAUUAUUGCCCAAAUUGAAAAAGAAGAAGCAAAACGAUUGGAAGUAACAGAAACAAUAGUACCUCCACCAUCGCCAAGAGUUAAUUUUAGUAUUGUAGCUUUACCUGAUAAAGAUGAAAUAUUAAUUUUUGGUGGUGAAUAUUUCAAUGGCCAAAAGACCAUGGUUUAUAACGACAUGUAUGUUUACAAUGUAAACAGCAGUGAAUGGAAAUUAGUCAAAGUACCAGGUGGUCCUCCACCACGUUGUGGUCAUCAAAUGGUUUCUAUUGCAAGUGAUGGAGGACAGUUAUGGUUAUUUGGAGGAGAAUAUGCUAGUCCUACGCAAAGUCAAUUCUAUCACUAUAGAGAUUUAUGGGUUUAUCGUAUCAGCACUAAACGCUGGGAAAAAAUUAAUCGUAGUGGUGCACCAUCUGCUAGAAGUGGACAUAGAAUGCUUGCUCAUAAGAAGAAACUAUUUAUAUUUGGAGGAUUUCAUGAUAAUCUUAGAGAUUACAAAUAUUUUAAUGAUUUACAUAUAUUUUCAUUAGAAGAUUAUGUAUGGACGAAAGUUGAGCCAGGUGGUAUAGGUCCCUCACCUAGAUCUGGUUCUUGUUUUGUUGUUGGUAGCCAAGAUCGUCUUAUUGUUUGGGGUGGUUACAGUAAAACUGUAAUAAAAAAGGGAGUGGAUAAAGGAACCACCCAUACUGACAUGUUUGCAUUAUGUGCUGAUAAACAUAGUACUAAUGCAAAUGCUUACAAAUGGGUAUCAAUUAAACCUGGAGGCAUACGUCCCGGUCCUAGAAGUGGUAUGUCCGCUUGUACUAGUGCUACUGGUAACUUGCGAGCCUACAUAUUUGGUGGUGUUACUGAUGUUGAGGAAACAGAAGAUGAAUUGCAAGGCUCAUUUAAUGAUGAUUUACUUCAUCUGGAUCUUGAGAAUAUUUUUUGGAAUAAAGUGCAACUAAGUGGUAACAAAGAGAUUAAAAAAUCUGAAAGUUUGGAAAAUACUCAGGCUCCGCAACAAGACACAAAUUUGGACAACAUUGAGACUGCAGUACAACAAACAACUGUUUCCACCGAUGGCGUAUUCAAAAUGGUUAUUGGAGGAAGUGUGUCAAGCACAAGUAGUUCUGUUACUAAAAGCACUGUGGAAGUACGAGAUGAAAAUUGGCCUAGAGCAAGAAUGAAUGCUGGUUUAGUGAUAUGCAGAGGACAAUUAUAUCUUUAUGGAGGACUAUUUGAGAUAGGUUCCAAACAAAUAACUUUAUCUGAUUUAUAUUCUUUAGAUAUUCGUAAAAUGGACAAAUGGAAAGUUUUAAUUCCUUGUGAUAUUUCAAAAUCUGAAUGGUUUGGGUCUGAUUCAGAAUCGAGCAAUGAUGAGUGUGAGAGUAUGUCUGAGGAUGAUGAUUUGGAAACUAGUUCAGAUUCAGAUGUUGAACUUAAUUAG